AUGAAACUGAGAGUGAUUUGUAUCCUGCUACUAUGGUUAGCUUCCGGAGAGGGGUUUAAUCUUUCCCCAACGCCUAGUUAUACGUUCAAACAACCGGCAUUAAAAACGUUUAUAAAGCAAACGCGCAGUUCGUACUUUGGUUUUUCGAUUAAUCUACGCAACAGUGGAGUGUUUGUCGGAGCGCCAAGAGCCCAGUCGAACCUCGAAUCACAACGAAAUGUCAACGAAACCGGGGCCGUGUAUCGGUGCAGCUUCUCCCCAAACACAUCGCAAUGUACGCCGGUCUACCUCGACAAGCUGGGAAAUGUCCGCUACGAAAACGACAGCUACAGCCCUCACAUUCAGUCCGAGAAAAAAGACUACCAGCUUCUCGGGGCUGCGGUGGAUGGACUCGGCACCGAUGACGAUUGGCUCGUGGCUUGUGCACCAAAAUUGAUCGGUGAUCUAGAAGAGUUGUACACGCUACACGGUAUCUGCUAUCUAACCGAAAGCACCAGGACAAGCAUAGACGCAAAGACGGUGUACAAAAUAAAACCUCUCCGAAAUAAAGCAAAACAAUUGUAUAAGCAAACAUACUUUGUCUACAUUUUUGGAGAACAGGGCUUAAGCGUGCACGUGACGGAUGAUGGAAAGGAGGUUCUCAUCGGAGCACCUGGGGUCUGGACGUGGCGCGGGACAGUCAUUCGUUACCGACAGCUACCGGGCGUGGUGGACGCGACUUUUAGAGGGAAAAAUGUAAUCCGUGAGCCUAACCGAGCGAAUACCUUCACGCAUGAAACUGUCGUACCGAAUCUACGUCUACGUAUAGACACUGACUCGUACCUGGGAUACUCCCUCAGUUCGGGAUACUUCCUGAACACCGAGAAGUUACUGUACGUGGCCGGUGCACCUCAAUCGAAAGGUCAGAGUGGUGAGGUUAUCAUCUUCGACUACGUUAACAAUCCCACCACGCAGGAGACGGACCUGGUCCGUUACCAAUCGCUGGAGGGUCAACAGUUUGGCGAGUACUUUGGCUAUUCGCUCCUGACAGAGGACUUCAAUAGCGACGGACUGCCGGAUUUGGCGGUUGGGGCACCGAUGCAUAGCCAUUUGAUGGAGCACGAAAAUGGUGCUGUUUACGUGUUCCUCAAUGUAGGGGGUCUUCAGUUCGAGCUGCAGAUGAAGUUGUCCUCCUCCUACGAAGGAAGUGGUCGCUUUGGCACAAGUCUGGGAAAAAUCGGAGACUCCAACCGAGAUGGCUACGCUGAUAUCGCUAUCGGAGCCCCAUUCGAGGGGAACGGUGUUGUUUACAUAUGGCUAGGGUCAGUGAAGGGUCUGCAAACCAAGCCAAGCCAACGAUUGGAACCACCAACGCAUACCAGCCCCUUACAACCACCACGACAGCCAAUGUUUGGCUAUGCGAUCUCGCGCGGGAUCGACAUCGACAACAAUGGGUACAACGACAUAGCCGUUGGAGCGCCGGAAGGAGAAGCUGUGUAUGUCUACCGCACGUAUCCCGUGGUCCGGAUCGAGGCACGAAUAAAUUCGACCAAACGUGAGAUACCGGCCGAGGGUGGUAUCUUUGAAAUUGCUUGCUGCUGGUCGGCAGAAUUUCCCGCAGGGAUCGCAUUCAAUGUUACGCUCCAGUACAAAGUCGAUAUUGACAAACUCAUGAGAAGAGCGUCAGUGGCCAACUUUCAAUCGUCUGUUAAUGCCGCCCAGCAGGUCGUCUUACUCGGCGACCGUACUGUGUGCAAGCAAUUCCUCGUGAAUGUUACCGCAUCGCACACUACGCUUCACCAACCCAUCAUCAUCGAUAUGGAGUAUAUGAUGUCGGAACAAGCGACUCCUCCAAAAGAUGGACCGUUUUGUGAUCACUGUGCGAUUCUGGAUCCGAACGAAUUCACCCGUGUGCAAGAGUGGAUCCCCUUCCGCACUGGAUGUAGGACGGAAACGUGCAUGUCGGAUCUGAGAAUUACCAACAUCCGGUGGACUGACGUGCCAUCACCAUACUUCAUCGGUAGCAGGAAAGUAGCCACCAUCGAGGUGGAGAUUGAAAACUCUGGUGAGAAUGCGUUCCUACCUCAGGUGAACCUUACCGUUCCGUCGAGUCUGCAAGCCAUGGCAAAGUCGGUUCCCGAGUGCGUUGUCUCACCCGCCGUUGAUGGCCACAUCGCCGUGCUGUGUGAGUUAAAUAACCGUCUACCGCUUCGAAGUGGGGCAAAGGUUAAGCGCUCUCUACAGUUCGAUAUGACACACCUGGAAGACAGUCGGCGGGAACUCAAAGUUCGUGCGGUAUCACUUACAUCCAGCGAGGAGCAGUGGCCGAAUGAUAACGACAUGGAGUACAUAUUACCGAUCCGGGAGUCUAGUUUAAUGGAAAUUUUUAGCAAAGUAAGCCCUCAGUCCGUGCAUUUGGAUCAGCAGAAAGGUAUUGUGAACAUGACCCAACGGGUGGAGGUCCUUAACAACGGACCCAGUACAAUGCGCGACCCACUACUCUACGUGGACGUUCCUUUGACAUACAUCUUCGGCACCAAACGUUGCCAAAUAAUUGAUCCCAAAGAUGUUCGAGCGACAGGCACCUUCAAUGACACUCCACUAAAGAUCGACUGGAUACAGCCUAACGAGGAUUCAACCUUGCCAAAGUUUAGCUUUCACAUCCAACACAACCCUGACGUCACGGAAAAUACACCCAUCGCAGAAGCCAUAGAUAAUGAAGAGCUAGAGUUGGAUAAUUCUUGGAUAGACGUCGCACGCGCAAAACGAUCCAACUUAUGGGUUCAACCGACAAGACAAGGGUUGAGCUCAAUCCAACCGCACGAUCUUCCGGCAAACCGGACUGUAUUUUUCAACUGUGCCCAGAACAGUUCUGCGGUGGAGUGUUUACAGCUUCAGACACGCCUUGCUGCUAUUCCUUCCGGUCCCAAACCGCUCCGGCUUGAGCUACAUUACAAGCUCGACCUUGAUGCCAUCGAAGCAUGUCUGCAGGAACAGGAAGAUAUAUUCGUUGUGCAGAUUUUGAGCGACCUAGGAAAGCCUUCCGACGGUGUCAAAGAAACGUUCGCGGUGGUACGCAACAAUCCACACACGCUUGUGACGCGAACCGCCAACCGAAGUGCCCCGACUUGGAUCUACACCACUUCGUCGUUAGGAGGGCUGAUCCUUUUGGCCAUCCUCACGUACGUUAUGUUUCGCCAGGGUUUCUUCAAGCGUCAGCUGAGGGAGGAUAUGACUAGACUUCACCGCGAAGUAAGAGCCAAAAGAGCGAAUAGUGUCGGCUUUAAUAAUUCAAGUGCCGUAUCGGAUGAUAUGGAGCAGGAGGACGUUUCUGCCAUAUGA